GCAAACAGCUACAAAGCAGAAAUUCCUGGAAAGUUUGACUCUUCUCAGAGACUUCAACGACCACACACACACUUUUGUGCCCCCCACAUCGGGGGGGAGGGGGAGGGGGAGGAGUCAGUCCCUGGGGAGAAAAAGAGAAGGACACGUCGGACAGAAGACAUCCAGAAGACGAGCAGAACAACACAACCAAAUCCUCGUCGUCCUCCUCACGCUGCUCAACUGCCGCGGCAUUUGACAACGGGAUGACUUCCCGUCUGUGGCCCCGCCUCUUCCUGUUUGUCUCCACGCUGACGUCGGUCAUGGCGACCAAAGAACCGGCCGCGUGCAAGAUCCGCAUCACGGACAAAGGCCUCGACAUGCUGAAAUCGGAGACUCGGAAGUUUGUGGAGGAGGAGCUGAGUAACAUCAGCAUGCCGGAGAUGAGCGGCAAGGAGGGAAGAUUCCAGUACGCCGUCACCGACGUGAAGAUCACGGAGCUGAACCUGACCUACGCCGACUUGAGCUUCCUGCCCGACGUGGGUCUGAUGUUCGACAUCCAGAACUCGUCCAUCGCGCUGAGCUUCCACAGACGGCUCCUGUACUGGUUCUUGUCCGACACGGGAAACAUCGAGGCGUCGGCCGACGGCGUCGACAUCAACGCGGGUCUCGGCCUCGGCCGAGACUCGCUCGGGCGCCUCAAGAUCAACAACUUCACCUGCGAUGCCAAAAUCAAGAAGAUGAGGGCCGAGUUUGACGGCACGCUCGGGAGAGUUUACCACUUCCUGGCCAGGUUUCUCACCACCGGCAUGCGCUUCCUCCUCAACAAGCGGAUCUGUCCGGCCCUGCAGCACGCGUCUCUGGUGCACGUCAACUCCAUGCUGGAGACCAUCCCGGUGCGGACGGAGGUGGACAGCUACGUCGGGAUCGAUUAUUCGCUGACCGACGAUCCGCUGGUGACGUCUCGAAGCCUGGACAUGAACUUCCGAGGAAUGUUCUUCCACCUGGCGGACGAGCGGGACGCGCCGGUUAACUACGCGGCGGAACCGCUCAUCCGGGAGUACGAGCGCAUGGUCUACUUGGCGCUGUCCGAGUUCUUCUUCGACAGCGGCCUGUUCUCGUACUACAAGGCGGGAAUCUUCCGGUUGAACAUCACCGACGACGACAUGCCCAGAGAUCUGGAGAUGCUGCUGAGGACCACGUACUUCGGGACCGUCAUGAUGCUGAAUCCGGCGCUGAUGGACUCGCCCGUGUCGCUGGAACUGGCGGUCAACGCCCCGCCCAAGACCACCGUCAAGACGUCCGGGGCCACCGUCGUCAUGACGGCCGUCGUCAAGGUGAUGAUGACGCCGGCCGGCCGACCGCCGGUGCAGCUCAGCAGCAUGACCAUGGAAACCAAAUUUAACGCCAAAGUUUCCAUCAGAGAAAACCGUCUGUCCGUACUCGCCGACCUGCGCAGGUUCAAAAUCUACUCCAACCAAUCAGCGCUGGAAUCUCUGGCACUGAUUCCUCUGCAGGCGCCUCUGAAGACGAUGUUGCAGAUGUCCGCGGUUCCUCUGAUCAACAACUGGACCAAGCGAGGCGUUCGUAUCCCUCUGGCUGACGGGAUGGACCUCGUCGAGGAUGUGGUGGAAUACCACAACGGUUUCAUCGUGAUCGGGGCGAACCUUCACUUCAGCAAAGGCCUGAGGGAGAUGGCGGCCGCCGCCUCGCAAUGAACGCGCGCCCGCCCGCCGGUUCGUAGGGUUAGGUUAGCGUGAAGGUCUUGGACGUUUUCCGGCAAUGCGCCACUUUAUUGGUCGACAACGCAAUUGGUCAUCAUCGUCUCCGCCGAUCGAUCGCGUGACGACAAGGUCAAUAAAGCUUUUUGAUCCCUCGUU